AUGUCCAGCUUUGCGGGGCAGUCGUGAGAUGGCGGCGGUGCCGGCAGUUGAGGCAGUGACUGGAACAGGUGAAAAUGGAGAAUUGUGCGCCGAGGAGCAGCGUAACGGACCGGAGGCACAGGACACCCAGGGAAGUGACGGGUCGUACUCGCACGCCAGGCACACGUUGGAGAGUCUACUGAAUAAGAGCAUGCGGAUCCGGAUGACCGAUGGCAGGACGCUGAUUGGCCUCUUCCUGUGCACUGACCGUGACUGCAACGUCAUCUUGGGCUCUGCUCAGGAGUACCUGAAGCCGACAGAUUCCCUGGUGCAGGGUGAGCCUCGUGUCCUGGGCCUGGCCAUGAUCCCCGGACACCACGUGGUCUCCAUUGAAGUGGAGGCGGAGAGCGUGUCGAGCCUGCCAUACACAUGAGCAGUGGGCGUUGUUGCCAUGGAAAGCCAGCGGGCUGAAGCCACCGAGAGACCCCGAUGUUAACUGACUGUCAGAGUGUUGCCAGAAUUUCCUGUUUUAAUUUCCAAUCUUCUGGAGUUUCCUUUUCAAACUGAUUGGGAAACUUUAAAUGUCACUCGCUGCAGUGCAAAGCAAUGAACCAUCUUGACAGCAUCUCCUAAGCGUUGGGGACAAGUUUUUCUACAGAAUGCAAGAGUCCAAAAUGUAUUUUGUCAUAAUUGUCAUUUUUAUUGAAAUAAUGUGCAUUCAGAAGAAAUAUUUAAAUAGUUUAUUUUUGACCAUGUAAAAAGUGUACAAUAAAAUCAUAAUGAAUGGAAGAGAUGCAAUAUAAAU